AUGAAGGGCAUACAGGCGUCGUUUUUCAUUCUACUCGAAGCCCUUGUUGUCGUGACAGGAUUUUCUCACUCCGCAUAUUUCACAACACGAGAAAAUAAGCGCCUCAUAGGUCAUCGUAUUAAACAAGUCGAUUCUAUCAGUUUUAAGUCGUGCAGCCAGUUUUGCUUGAUUCAUCCAUGGUGCACUUCAACAAACUUUCAAAUAUCAACCAAGAUGAACGGCAAAGAAACUUGUGAAUUGAACCUGCACGGAGUUGUCAUCGAAAACAAUGAUCAUUUCCAUGAUCAAGAAGGAGUCACUUUCUCUCUGAUGUUAAAGGGAUGUUUGUUGACCGGUUGUCUUAAUGGUGGCUCCUGUGUGCAUGAUAAAAAGGAAAACCUGUUCUCAUGUUCGUGCAAAAUACCGUGGACGGGAAAAAAAUGUGAAAAUAAAAACGGAAUAGGCUGGAUUUAUGAUCAUCCUGCUCUUUCAUGCAAGAACAUUCGGGACGUGGGAGACUCCAAAGGAGACGGGGAAUACUGGAUCGACCCUGCAAAGAAUGGGAAGCCAUUCAAAGUCUACUGUGACAUGACAACUGAUGAAGCCGCUAUUGGCAUCGGAGAAGCUGUGGUCCAGUACUUCAGCGGUCAGACAGAUGCGCAACCAUACUCGUGUGAAUCUUUUGUCAGAAUGGAAGACGACAACUCAAAAUUAGCCAAGGUCUGCCAAGAGUGGGGGUCCGACUCUUCAAAGCGCAACGUUAGUAAAUGGAGCGUUGCUCCUCGCAAUGACAACAGAUUGUACGAUCAUACUGUGAUUGUCUGGUAUGCCUAUCACUGGAAUAUUCAGCCACAACAUGGUCGAUUUGACUGCGACGAUUAUGCAAAUGCAGUAUCUGCUGGUGAUUUCUGGAAAGUUUUUGUACGUUAG